AUGGAGAACGUAGAAAAGCUACUCCAGGCUCUUUUUAUCGGCAUCUCUCUCGCGUCGGUUUUACUACAAACAUGUCGAUACAGAAAGGCUAUCGAGUUGUUUACUGAAUGCUUGGAGUUUCUGAAUAAGCACGCUUCGAGUUUGGAAGCCGAAACAUUAAAACGCCUCUCAGCACUAGUCUACUGCAGAUUAUCUCAGACUUAUUUCCAUAUCGGAGACUCCAAGAAUUGGUUUGAAAACAGAGAAAAGGCAAGCGCUCUGUAUCCCCAGAUGGGUGACGGGGAAAGUUCAGCUGAAUGUUUCGCCAAACCUCGUGAUGAGCACGUGCCUAAGACCUAUGACUCUCCAGAUAAUGAGGAGGACCAAGAAAUUAAUGAAGAUCCAUUAUCAGCCGGGAAUUAUAGAAACAAAAUUAAGGAAGCAGGUGAACUUGACAGGCUCAGUCACUUAGCUCCAUCUCGUUUCGAGUACUCCGAACCCAGACGCCUUUCAGAGAGAUUAGCUGAACUGUGUGGUGAGCUUGGGGACAGGGAGAAGGAGAAAACUGCAUUUUUUAAUCUCGGUGAGCUACAUAAGUCACUUGAGGAAUAUGAUCAGGCACAAACAUACUUUGAAAAGGCUUUGAUUAUAGCGGAGGAAGAUGGGGACAUCUACAGGCAAGGGGUGGCCAUUGGUAAACUUGGGACUUUAUGUAACUUUCGCGGUGACUAUAUUAAAGCAAAAUGCUUGCAUAAGAGGGCGCUCGAAAUAAGUGUGAAAAUCGGUGACAAGAAAGGAGAAAUCAUUGAUUGCAGAGCCCUCUCUGGUGUUCUGCUCAAUCUUGGUGAAUUCAAAGAGGCUCUAGACUGUUGCCGAAAGGCACUCAAUCUCAGUGAAGAAAUUGGUGACAGAAACGAAGAGGCCUCAGCAUACAGUGAUCUAGGUGAUGUUCAUAGAAAGUUGAAAGACUUUGAAAUGGCAGAGCACUGCUACAAGAGAGCGAUAGAAAUAUAUCAAGAAACUGGUGACUUGGAAAGUGAAGAAAGUGAAUACAGUCGACUCGGAGAUCUUUACCGUUUUCUAUGUAAGUAUGACCUUGCACUUAAAAGCCAUGAACGAAGUCUUAUCUUAACGAAGCAAAUGGGUAAUAAAAGGGGAGAAGAUACGAAAUACUGCAAUCUUGGAGCUGUUUAUAAAGAUCUCGGAGAUUACCUCAUGGCUAAGGAAUGCUGCGAACAGGCGCUUGCCAUCAGCACAGAAGAAAAUCACAUAAGGGGGCAAGCCAUUGACUACGGCAAUCUAGGAACUAUCCACCUGCAUUUCGGUGAAUACAAAACGGCUUACGAACUCCACCAAAAAGCACUAGAGAUGAAAAUUAAAAUUGAUUUCAAAGAAGGAAUGCCUGCAGAUUACCUUCAUCUUGGUCAUUGCUGUAAGCAUCUUGGUGAGUAUGCAAAAGCGAAGGAGUUUUGGCGUUUAGGACUUGAUAUCGCUAGGACUGUUGGCGACAGUCUGAAUGAAUCAAAUAUAAUCGCUAGUUUGGCAGAUGUGGAGCACACAAUUGGCGAGUAUGAAAGCGCAAAGGCCUAUUAUGAACAGGCGCUUCAAAUCAGCCGAGAGGCUAGUGAUCUCAAGCAACAGGCAUCUCUGACCUGCAACCGAGGGGGACUACUUGCUCAGUCUCAAGGUGACGCAGAUAAAGCCAAGGCAGAUCUUGAAAGAUCCUUACAAACACUGAAACGAAUUGGAGAUAAAUAUGGAGAGAGCACUGCUUUGGCAAACCUUGGAAUUCUUUAUACUUCACUAGGUAAAAAUCGCAAGGCGAUCGAAUACAACGAACAGGCUCUUGACAUUGCAAAGGAAAUUAUUGACAAAAAUGGGGAAAUGGUCAUCAACCACAACUUGGGACAGCUUUACAUGUGUCAAAAAGAGUUUAAGAAAGCAUCCGAUUGUUUUAGUACUGCACUUUCAAUCUCUCGAACGUCAAAAGACUUAAUAGGAGAAAGCCGUGCCUUUUGCAAUAUAGCAAUGCUGUCUUUGGCAAGAAACGAUAUACCAAAAGCUUUCUCGGCACUCUCAGCAAGCAUAAAGCUGCUUGAAAAAGCGUCGGUUAUACAUGGAGAAAGAGAAUCUUUUCAGAUUAGCUUUGCACACCAGCACAAUGAUCCUUAUCGAUUAAUGGUUGUUGUCCUGCUUAAACUAGGAAAUAUUGAUCAAGCUUUGUCCGUGUCGGAGCUUGGACGUGCAAGAUCAUUGGCUCAGCGAAUGGAGACUCAAUAUUCCGCGAAACCUUUACCUGGUUUUGAUCCUUUUCAAUGGAUAGAUCAUAAAAACGUUGUCCGGAAACGAUCCUACACAUGCCUGUCAUUUUGUUUUUAUGCCGGAUAUGUUUUUUACUGGAUUUUAAAGGGUAACAUGAAGACAACUUGCAAAGAGAUGUCAGAUAGUCAGCCUCAACACGACUCCUUUCAAGACAAGUUGAAGGACCUGGCGUAUAAGUGCCACAGAGAGUUUUCACUUUUGCCAGGAGAACGAUGCGAAGAUCGCUAUUUGGUCCUUGAUGAUAAACAUUCUGAGGCUAGAUCGCCAACCAAAUCUGAAGGAAGCCCGGAGCCUCAUCAAAGUCUCAACACUUGCAAAGUCGAGGAGAAGAAUGAAGGCGGAUCAGAAGAAGAACCGCCCCUCAAAGUGUUGUAUAAAGUCACCAUAGCUCCUGUGGCUGAUCUUCUGGAAGGAUCUGAUGAGAUAGUUGUUGUCCCUGAUCGUUCACUAUACAUAGUUCCAUUUUCUGCAUUGAUGAACGAGAAAGGAGAAUUUGUGGCAGAAAAGUUCAGGAUUCGGUAUACUCCAUCAUUGACGACUCUCAAGCUGAUCCAAGACAGUCCUGUAGAUUAUCACAGUGAAAGUGGUGUUCUCCUAGUUGGCGAUCCUGAUGUUGGUACUGUCACGCACCAGGGACGUGAAUUGACAUUUGACCCAUUACCAUGUGCUAGAAAAGAAGUUGAGAUGAUUGGAAGUAUUCUUAACGUUCAACCCUUAACUGGUAAAGAAGCUGCCAAGGAAGCGGUACUACAGAAGAUACACUCUGUAAGUCUCAUUCACAUUGCUGCACAUGGUGAAGAAGAGAGAGGUAAUAUUGCAUUAGCUCCAUCCAACCGUGAGAGGGAUGACUUUCUGUUGACAAUGGCCGACAUCUCAGCAGUCAGAUUGCGAGCCAAACUGGUGGUGCUCAGUUGCUGUCACAGUGGUAAAGGAAACAUCAAAGCUGAGGGAGUUGUUGGCAUAGCUCGAGCCUUCUUAGGAUCUGGCGCUCGUUCGGUGUUGGCGUCUCUCUGGGCUGUGGACGACGAAGCAACAAUGGAGUUCAUGAAGCAAUUUUACCAGCACUUAGUGAAUGGAAAGAGUGCGAGUGAAUCUCUUCAUGAAAGUAUGAAAUGGAUGAGAGAGAACCCAGACUACUCGGAAGUGAGAAAAUGGGCACCAUUCGUGUUGAUUGGAGAUGAUGUGACACUCCAAUUCGCCAAGUGAAUGUAAGUUCCGGGAUGUAAAUACGAUGCUGUGAUACAAAAUUAAGUGAAAAAUAUAAUAACGCAAUUUAGAAGCAUGUCUGGCACACUGCAACAUGUGACGAAGCAAGCGUGUUUUUCAGUGACGGAAUCAGCUUACAAUUUGAGAGGUGAGAGGUGAGAGAGAAUUCUUCAUAACUGGGGGAGAAAGUACCAGGUGUCUCAACAAAGUUCAACUAAUACCUUUAUUUCAUUAGACUUUUAAUUUUGAAGUGUUUAAUCAUUAUGAGUUUUACUACACGUGUCCUUCAUUUGAGAAAAUCUCAGUAGUAUGCUCAGAGAUACGAGGACGGAGACAGCUUCAAAGAAAAUGCACUUUGAGUUGAAAAAGAAGACGAAUAAUAAAUUAAUUUAUUACUUAAACUGUGGUAUUAUUCAAGGAUUUCCAGCCCUGAGAAAAGGCGUAGCAACACACGUCAAAAAAAUUACAAUAGUUUUACUUUUUCGCCAAUCAUCUGUUGACACGUCACUCGCCUUUAGCGGAGCGGAUUAUGGCUGCUAAAACACUGAAAAAUCUGUAUCGCUUAUAGACAAUGACGUUCAAAGUUUCCCGAAAGGGGAAAGUUAAAUAAUCAGUGGCUUUGGUGGUGGCAUUUCUCGCGGCUGAAAACGAAACUCGACAACUGGAAGAUUUUGUCGCUGAGGAAUAAGUCAUUAACUGACAAUUUUGUAAAUUGAAUAUUAGUUUGACUGUUUGUUUUUUUAAUGAUUCACGGAAUUUUUCUUAUCUUGAGCCUUAUCGCCAACGCAUUUUACAAUUUCUCGGAGAUUUUGGAUUCCAUUUUUUCUAUUCUUUAAUUAAGUCGACUUUCUUGUCCGUAAAGGGCUAUUCUGGUUAUGCAGUAAACAAAUUAAUACAUGGGCAUGCGUAGAGAUAAAAUUUCUCUUCGAGUGUUUAACUCAACAACUUACAAGUGAGUGCAUGCAGCUCACUCGUGAGCUAUCGAGUCGAACACUUGAACAGAAAUUCCAUAUCUACGCGAGCCCAUGUAUGAUUCUUUACAUAACAUUGUAAAUAGGUGAUUGUGAAUUAAAAUACUUAUUUGAAAAGCUUAGUUUCUUUAAAA